AUGGACACCCCUAUUCCGUUUCCUGCUGAACUGCGUCCUUAUCGGACUUCUUUUGAUUUAUACUUGGACGCAAAACUUCGGCAGUUCGGGACUAUCCUGCUUCGACUAAUCGGUAAUGGAUUAUCGCCUGAUCAAGUUAGGAGUGUAAUUGAUGAAGCGAUGAUAGCUAUGCAGCAGCUUGAGGCUGCAGCUGCGCCACAGCGCCCCUUGCGGCUGGUUAUACGGCACGACUGCCAGUCGACGGGUUGCGGUGACCAGACCUGUGUCCUGUGCCAGUACAACCCCAGUCGCCUCUGCACCCGGAAUGUAAAAUCCAAGUAUUUGAUCGACGACUACCUCAAGGCGAAGUGCGGCGCACAGCUGCGAGUUGAGCUGGUGGACGAUACUGGCGCAUGUCACACCGAGGGCCUACCGGCGGGGGUGAGGCUCGAGCUGCACAUGCUCAACGGCGAAAAGUACAAGGAGCUGUGCCCUGACAACACGUUAUUGUCUACCAACACCUUAAAGAGCUGCGUCAUCAACUACCACACGAAGGCACUGCUCAAGCGCGACGGCAUGUCUGACACCGACCUGCAGGUGUUCUUGCCGCUGGAGCACGGCACCGCCAAGCUGUCGGACCUGGCCCUGACCACCAGUAGCGAGGCGCUGCUGAGCGGCAAGGCGCCCACCUUCCGGUUGCUGGUGUGGGCUGUGAAGGAGGACGGGGAGCCGGUGCCCUACGUUACUUACGUCGUGUCAGAGAGCUUCGUGGUGGCCACUAAGCGCGUCAAGGGUGCCAUCAAGUCGGACAUUCCCUCCGUCAUGGACGGCAUUUCGAAGCUUGUGCAUAUCGGCAAGGCCACGGUGGAAAAGCUCAAUGAUCUGCGGAUGGCCUUUCAGGAGGAAGGCUUUGACUUCAAGCUGCCUGAGGAUCUCGUCAAGGUGGAGAAGGUCGGCCAGUUCCGGAAGCUGGUGGACUUGAGCGAGAACAACAACGAGCUGAAGAACAGGCUACGCCACGUCCUUAAGCUCUCCCCGGAGAAGUGGGAGGAGGUGUGCCAGCACGCUAUGAGCGCUGUAUCGCCUGACUUCCGCAACCGAGUUUGGUGGUACGUGCCAUUGAGCCUGGGGCUGCUGUACCAGUGCAAGAACGGAGCUGUCCAGCUGGACAACCCCAUAGGCGUUGUCAAGGCAGGCCAAGGUCCGGAUGUUCCAACCCAGAUUAUCCAGCUGCAGCAGCUCAGCCCGGCGGACUUCAGCGCGAUUCCGCGACUGAAGAACUCUGCCGUCCAGAACUGGUACAUGACCAACCACCCCAACUGGGCCAUCUUUAGCGAAAACGAGGAGGCUGUGCCCCCGGCUACCCCCCCUGGACCUGGCCCUGCCGUGGCAGCCGCCGCUGGCGCCGGGCCCUCUAACGGGGGCGCGGCAGGCGUGCCACUGAUGCCGUUGGGGCCAAACUUGGCGGGAGUGAUGCCGGCGGCCCCGUACGGUAUCCCCGGUGGGCCUCCGUCGCCGGUACUCGGUGGCUUGACGGUAGCCGGCGGCGGCGGUGGUGGUGCCGGUUAUGCGGGAGGUAUGUACGGUCAGCGAGGUGUCACAUACGGCCAGCCCGAAGCUGGCGCUUAUGUCGGGCUGGCGGAGAUGCCCAUGCAGAUUGCAGGGAUGAGCCAACUUCCCGUGCAGGCGCCGGGUGGUGGCCACCGUAUCAAUAAUUCCACACCCUUUGUACUGCAACAGCAGCCGCAAUCGCAGCGACAACGGCAAUUGUCGCAACAGCAGCAGCCCUCAGUGAAGGUGCAGCCGGCAAUCAGCCAGCAGCGCACGGGACCAACCGUGGCGCCGUCAGUUCAGGAUCUUGGCGGCGGUAACGUGCCACCGGCCGUCAACGGAGCGGGCAGCGGCACCAGCAGCGGCCUCGUGGGUGGUCAACAGGCGGUGGGGGUAAUGGGCGCCGCGACGAUUCAUCACCCGCCUGCUGCCGGCGGGUCGGGAAGCGCCACGAGCAGCGGAGCGACGCGCUCACCGUUUGCGGCGGACGCCAUGAUGAUGAACAUCGCGGACGCGUUCCCAAGGUUCCAUCAUAUGCCGCCGAAUGGGGCCGGCGGCGGCGGCCAGCUUGCAGCGCAAGAUCUAAAUGGUGCGAGAAGUGUGCAAGGUGGUGUGAAGGGGGUAUCGGACGUCCGACACGAUGCCACGGAAAGAAUGCGGCGUGCUCGUGCCGGGAAUGGAGUUGUUAAAGAUCUCCACGCGCCUACCGGCCACCAUUUGGGCGACGGUGGUCACGGCCAGCAAGCCGGCUCUAUGUUCAGCCUGGACAUGCUCAAGACGGACGAUCUGAUGGGGAAUGGCCUCACGUUGCUGACAGGCAACGACACCUUCCGCUCCAACGACUGGAUCCAGCAGCUGCAUGGGAUAGGCGGCCAGCAGAGCCAGCUCGGAGGCAUCAAUUCCUACACGAUGAUCGACGUAGCGCCGCCUCACGAGGCUGGCGACGCUGCUGGUGAUACUCCAGGGGAUGGUGACGGUAGUGCCGGUGGUGCCCCUGGUGCCGGGCUCACAGGGGCCCAAGGCGACGUUGGUAGCGGUCUAGUCGGACUGGAGUCCGAGCGGCUCCGAAGCAUAACCCUAGACUACGAGAAGGUCAUUGCGGACCACAGGGGGGCCUGA